UCUAGCCCCUAGCCAUGGAAGGAUAGCAAGCUGUUUUCAAUGAUCAUCAAAGAUAAUGAUGAAAUCACAACGAUAGAACAGAGCUGGAAGGAACAAAGGGGAGAAGAGGGAAGUGACUCCAUUGCCAACACCCUCACCCCCACCCGGCCACGCGCUUACACCCAACUCUGAGAGUAGCUGGGUCCAGAGAGCAUUAACUAGUGACAUCUCUGACCCUUGUGGUCCAGCAGAGUCCAAAAGAGAAGAUCAUCAUGACAGAAAGGUCAGCGGCUGUUUUCAUCCAGGCCUGGUGGCGGGGCACGCUGGUGCGACGCACGCUGCUGCAUGCAGCCCUCAGGGCUUGGAUCAUUCAGUGCUGGUGGAGGCAGGUGCUGGCGAAGCUGCUGGCAAAGAGACAGAGGAUGGUGUUGGAGAUCUACGUGCAGCGGGAGUGGGCAGCAGUCAGGCUGCAGUCCUGGGUCCGCAUGUGGCGUGUCUGCCGGCGUUACUGUCGUUUGCUCAACGCCGUCCGCAUCAUCCAGGUCUAUUGGCGAUGGCACAGCUGCCAUUCCCGUGGCUUUAUUGAGGGCCACUAUGAACUCAAAGAAAACCAACUUAAUGUUCAACUUGAAAUCUCUCUGGGCUCACAGGCUUGUAAGGUGCAACAAUGCAUACCCCUUCCAUUAAAAGAAUGAGCAGGUCUGCUAUAUCUGUGUCCCCAGCUCUCUUUGCCAGAUUUUUUUCGGGAGGUCAUUGUUUGAGAUAAUGAUGGGAAAUACUAGGCAUGUCACAAGUCAACUCUGAGGAAUCAGCAGGGGUUGUCUGGGGUCCCAUAUGGAGAAAGAUUCUGAGAGCCAUCUUGGAUGAGUAGACCCUGUGAUUGAUUAGCAAUGUCUGUCAUAGGUAGGAGAGUUGGGCUUCAGGGUCACCAGGUCAACCAACUCUAGGGAGACUAUGUAAAAAUGGAAGCCCCUGUAGUUGUGCAGCAUGGAAGACUGUGUCAUCCUUUGCUAUUUAUUCAUUCAUUCAUGGAGACUGGGUCUGCUCUGUUGCCCAGGGUGAAGUAUAGUGGUUCAGUCAUAGUUCACUGCAGCUUCCAACUCUUUCCUGCUGCCUUAGCAUCCCGAGUAGCUGGGACCACAGGUGCCCACCUCCACACCUGGCUAAUUUUUUAAAAUUUGUUUGUAGAGAUGGGGUCUCAUUACGUUGCCCAGGCUGGUCUCAAACUCCUGGCUUCAAGUAAUCCUCCUGCCAUAGUCUCUGAAGUUGCUGGGAUUACAGGUGUGACUCACUGUGCCGAGCC